CAAUCCAAGGCGAAUAAGCCCCACAACGGGCCCCUUAGGUUGGAAAUGUUUUAGCCUCCUCCACUUGCGACCCCACAGCUCUUUAUCAUCGGAUCUUUAACCUUUUUUUUUUUUUUUUUUUUUUUGGAACCUCCAACUUCACGCUAUUCGUUGUUUCGUAACAUCCCGUAACAUAAGAUAGAGCUGUGCUAAGAGGUGGUAUUAGGGCACUGGUUGCAUAGUCCCUAGAUUCUCGGAUAUGAUGCCCUAAGAGCUCUCUUAGACAUAAUGUCGGUCACCUUACACACCACUCAAGGUGAUCUCAAAAUUGAGGUCUUCUGUGAAAGCGUGCCUAAGACCGCCGAGAACUUCCUAGCACUAUGUGCGUCAAACUACUAUGAUCAGUCGCCAAUUCACCGGUUGAUCCCUGGCUUCAUGGUCCAAACAGGUGGUCCGGCAAACCCCACGCCAGAUAACCCAAAAGGCGGCCGGUCAAUCUGGGGCGGGACAUUUGAGGAUGAGAUCCGGCCGGUCCUUAAGCAUAACUCCCGCGGAACCGUGUCUAUGGCAAAUAAAGGACCCGGGACGAACGGCUCACAGUUCUUCAUCCUCUUCGAUAAGGCACCUCAUCUGGACGGUCUAAAUACCGUGUUUGGCAAGCUCAUCGGGGACGAUAGUCUGGCCACUUUGGCUAAGUUGGAAGCUCUCGAAGUGGACAAGAAGAAUCGGCCAAAGGAGAAGGUGUUAAUCGAAAAGGUGACUAUCCACGCGAAUCCGCUGGCGGCUUGAGUGUUACAAUCCUACUCCAGAGUACCAUAUAAAAAUCUAUAGCCACGGCGUAUCUGAGUUAGUAAAUACAUGGGAGCUAGUAGGAGCAACGCCAUAGUUGAAAUACUAGCCGUUAACUUGAGUUAUUGGUCUCUCUUCUUCUCCAGUCACCUCUAUCCUUGCUGUUUUGAGUUAUUAGAUAAUGAUAGCAGACGUUACUGAAGAGGAUAUUUGCUUCCAAAGUACGUAGGUACAAGUAUUAGGUAUUUAUUUACAAAUAGUUCAGAAUUUACCCAGGCCACAUGAAAUGUUCUCAGGGAACUACAUUGGCAAGCUCAUACGUGCUUACC